AUGGUGCUCUUUGGAAAUGAAAUUAAUGUCUGUGUUAACUUUCUUACAGAUAUUGAAGCACAGAUUCGAGAAAUUCAAGGCAAGAAGGCAGCUCUUGAUGAAGCUCAAGGAGUGGGCCUUGAUUCUACAGGUUAUUAUGACCAGGAAAUAUAUGGUGGAAGUGACAGCAGAUUUGCUGGGUAUGUGACAUCAAUUGCUGCAACUGAACUUGAAGAUGAUGACGAUGACUACUCAUCAUCUACAAGUUUGCUUGGUCAGAAGAAGCCAGGAUAUCAUGCCCCUGUGGCAUUGCUUAAUGAUAUACCACAGUCAACAGAACAGUAUGAUCCAUUUGCUGAGCACCGACCUCCAAAGAUUGCUGACCGGGAAGAUGAAUACAAAAAGCACAGGCGGACCAUGAUAAUUUCCCCAGAGCGUCUUGAUCCUUUUGCAGAUGGAGGGAAGACCCCUGAUCCUAAAAUGAAUGCUAGAACUUACAUGGAUGUAAUGCGAGAGCAGCAUUUGACUAAAGAAGAGAGAGAAAUUAGGCAACAACUAGCAGAAAAAGCUAAAGCUGGAGAACUGAAAGUCGUCAAUGGAGCAGCAGCGUCCCAGCCGCCCUCAAAACGAAAACGCCGUUGGGAUCAAACAGCUGAUCAGACUCCUGGUGCCACUCCCAAAAAGCUGUCAAGUUGGGAUCAAGCAGAGACCCCUGGACAUACCCCUUCCUUAAGAUGGGAUGAGACACCAGGUCGCGCAAAGGGAAGUGAGACUCCUGGAGCAACCCCAGGCUCAAAAAUAUGGGAUCCUACACCAAGUCACACACCAGCGGGAGCUGCUACUCCUGGACGUGGGGAUACACCAGGCCAUGCAACACCAGGCCACGGAGGCGCAACUUCCAGUGCUCGUAAAAACCGAUGGGAUGAGACCCCCAAGACGGAAAGAGAUACUCCUGGGCAUGGAAGUGGAUGGGCUGAGACGCCUCGAACAGAUCGAGGUGGAGAUUCAAUUGGUGAAACACCCACUCCUGGAGCCAGUAAAAGGAAAUCACGUUGGGAUGAAACACCAGCUAGUCAGAUGGGCGGAAGCACUCCUGUUCUGACCCCGGGGAAAACACCAAUUGGCACACCAGCCAUGAACAUGGCUACCCCUACUCCAGGUCACAUAAUGAGUAUGACUCCUGAACAGCUUCAGGCUUGGCGUUGGGAGAGAGAAAUUGAUGAGAGAAAUCGCCCACUUUCUGAUGAAGAAUUAGAUGCUAUGUUUCCAGAAGGAUAUAAGGUACUUCCUCCUCCAGCUGGUUAUGUUCCUAUUCGAACUCCAGCUCGAAAGCUCACAGCCACUCCAACACCUUUGGGUGGUAUGACUGGUUUCCACAUGCAAACUGAAGACAGAACUAUGAAAAGUGUCAACGACCAACCAUCUGGAAACCUUCCCUUUUUAAAACCUGAUGAUAUUCAGUACUUUGAUAAACUUUUGGUUGAUGUUGAUGAAUCAACACUUAGUCCAGAAGAGCAAAAAGAGAGAAAAAUAAUGAAAUUGCUUUUAAAAAUUAAGAAUGGUACACCUCCAAUGAGAAAGGCUGCAUUGCGUCAGAUUACUGAUAAAGCUCGUGAAUUUGGAGCUGGUCCUUUGUUUAAUCAGAUCCUUCCUCUGCUGAUGUCUCCUACACUUGAGGAUCAAGAACGUCAUUUGCUUGUCAAAGUUAUUGAUAGAAUAUUAUACAAACUUGAUGACCUAGUUCGACCAUAUGUGCAUAAGAUCCUUGUGGUCAUUGAACCAUUGCUGAUUGAUGAAGAUUACUAUGCUCGAGUGGAAGGCCGAGAGAUUAUUUCUAAUUUGGCAAAGGCUGCUGGUCUGGCUACUAUGAUCUCUACCAUGAGACCCGAUAUAGAUAAUAUGGAUGAAUAUGUUCGUAACACAACAGCUAGAGCUUUUGCUGUUGUAGCUUCUGCCCUGGGCAUUCCUUCACUAUUGCCCUUCUUAAAAGCUGUGUGCAAAAGCAAGAGGUGGAAGGGUAUCCGCCAACACAGAGGAAAGGGUCUGGCUGCCUUCUUAAAGGCUAUUGGGUAUCUUAUUCCUCUCAUGGAUGCAGAAUAUGCCAACUACUAUACUAGAGAAGUGAUGUUAAUCCUUAUUCGAGAAUUCCAAUCUCCUGAUGAAGAAAUGAAGAAAAUUGUGUUGAAGGUGGUGAAGCAGUGCUGUGGAACAGAUGGUGUAGAAGCAAACUACAUUAAAACAGAGAUUCUUCCUCCCUUUUUUAAACAUUUCUGGCAACACAGAAUGGCUUUAGAUAGAAGAAAUUAUCGACAGUUAGUUGAUACUACUGUGGAGUUGGCUAACAAAGUAGGAGCAGCAGAAAUUAUAUCCAGGAUCGUGGAUGAUCUGAAAGAUGAAGCUGAACAGUACAGAAAAAUGGUGAUGGAAACAAUUGAGAAGAUUAUGGGCAACUUGGGAGCAGCAGAUAUUGAUCACAAACUUGAAGAACAACUGAUUGAUGGCAUUCUUUAUGCUUUUCAAGAACAGACUACAGAGGACUCAGUAAUGUUGAACGGAUUUGGCACAGUGGUCAAUGCACUUGGCAAACGGGUGAAACCUUACUUGCCUCAGAUCUGUGGUACAGUUUUGUGGUUUUUAAAUAACAAAUUCACAAAAGUUAGGCAACAGGCAGCUGACUUGAUCUCUCGAACUGCUGUUGUUAUGAAGACUUGCCAAGAGGAAAAAUUGAUGGGGCACUUGGGUGUUGUUUUGUAUGAGUAUUUGGGUGAAGAGUACCCUGAAGUAUUGGGCAGCAUUCUUGGAGCACUGAAGGCCAUUGUGAAUGUAAUAGGUAUGCAUAAGAUGACGCCACCAAUUAAAGAUCUGCUGCCUAGACUCACUCCCAUCUUAAAGAACAGGCAUGAAAAAGUACAAGAGAAUUGUAUUGAUCUUGUUGGGCGUAUUGCUGACAGGGGAGCUGAAUAUGUGUCAGCAAGGGAGUGGAUGAGGAUUUGCUUUGAGCUUUUGGAGCUCUUAAAAGCUCACAAAAAAGCUAUUCGUAGAGCCACAGUCAACACAUUUGGUUAUAUUGCAAAGGCCAUUGGCCCUCAUGAUGUGUUGGCUACACUUUUAAACAACCUCAAAGUUCAGGAAAGGCAGAACAGAGUGUGUACCACUGUAGCAAUAGCUAUUGUCGCUGAAACAUGUUCACCCUUCACAGUGCUCCCUGCCUUAAUGAACGAAUACAGAGUUCCUGAGCUCAAUGUUCAAAACGGAGUUUUAAAGUCCCUUUCCUUCUUGUUCGAAUAUAUCGGUGAAAUGGGCAAGGACUACAUUUAUGCUGUCACACCAUUACUGGAAGAUGCUUUAAUGGAUAGGGACCUUGUACACAGACAGACGGCUAGUGCGGUGGUGCAACACAUGUCACUGGGGGUUUAUGGAUUUGGUUGUGAAGAUUCGCUGAAUCACUUGUUGAACUAUGUAUGGCCCAAUGUGUUUGAGACAUCUCCCCAUGUAAUUCAGGCAGUUAUGGGAGCUCUGGAGGGCUUGAGAGUUGCUAUUGGACCGUGUAGAAUGUUGCAGUAUUGUUUACAGGGUUUGUUUCACCCAGCCCGGAAGGUCAGAGAUGUGUAUUGGAAAAUUUACAACUCCAUCUACAUUGGUUCACAGGAUGCUCUCAUAGCACAUUACCCAAGAAUCUACAAUGAUGAU